AGAUGGCGACCGAAGACAGUUCUGUAGAUUAUUUUGUUAGGGAAAUCGAGAAAAACGAUGGUUCUGUUUUAAGAAUGUAUCAGUGUAGCAAAGGGGACGUGGGCUGUGUAGUUUGGGAUGCAGCUAUUGUCCUAUCAAAAUACCUCGAAACGGAACAGUUUUGCAGUACUCAGUCCGGUAAUAGUACGUGGUCCUCUAAGAAAAUGAUUGAACUGGGCGCAGGAACAGGACUCGUGGGUCUCGUGGCUGCCACUCUGGGGGCUAAUGUCACAGUGACGGAUCUGGAAGACCUGCAGCCUCUUCUCCAGCUGAACAUUAGGAAAAAUGAGCAUCUCAUCAGCACAGGCUCAGUUGCAGCCAAGGUACUGAAAUGGGGAGGAAAUGUGGAAGAUUUUCUACCUCAUCCGCAUUAUAUUCUGAUGGCUGACUGUAUCUACUAUGAGCAGUCUGUGGUGCCCCUAGUGGAGACUCUGAAAGUCCUUGCUGGGCCUGAGACAUGCAUCAUCUGUUGCUAUGAGCAACGGACUGUUGGAGUCAAUCCUGAGAUAGAAAAUAGAUUCUUUGAGCUGCUUUUGCAAGACUUCCAGUCAGAGGAUAUCCCACCUGAGAAACAAGACCCAGAGUUCAAUAGUCCUGACAUUCACAUUCUUCACCUGCGACGAAGAGUCAGCUGAAUUUCCUUAAUAUGCUCUAUCAUCUAUUUAAAAUACAGUAAUGCAAUAUAUGGUGUGUAUAUUAGGGUUUUGUUGGGUUAUUUGUUGCUCACUGUAUUUCUUACAGCCCACUGUAUUUAAAUAAAA